CAGCCAACCGUUCGUUGUUCAGCGCCCCUCCCGGCAGCAAGAUGGCUGCAAACACGAAUUCUCAGAGGUACGCGUGCGCAGCGGGCCCGGGGAGGCCAGGGGAGUCCAGCGCCGAUCCAAGAAUGCUGCACACUCCUCCGAAAGACGGUGCUCGUGUGGGCGACGCAGGCGAACGAGAUCGUCUUCGCGGCGCGUCAGCUCCCCGCGCAAGGUCAAGCGUAAGCGCCCUCGUCUCCAAUGCAGCGUGCCGCUCUGGCGGCCCACGUCAGCCGCGGCGUAUAAGGUCGCUGCGCCAUCGUGCGUAAGACCCGCUUCGUAUCGUCCCCCAUGUUGCUUUUCUUGCUCUGGCUGCCGAGGCCUCGGAACUCGCCGCCCCUGCAGCCGCGACAGGACCCGGGCAUCUGGGAGCAGCCCAGGCUCGGGCGUCGAGUAGUAGGGGUGCGGUACAUGGAUGGUGAAGAAGGGUGCACCUCUUGUGCCCUAAAGGGCCCCCCUGGGGCCCAAAAGGGGCGCGAAAGAUGCACGUUCCUCCCACCCCCUAAAUAACCCGUACCCCCUACGUCCCCGGGACUCGUUGUUUCUGUCCUGAUUCAUCUUUUGACAGUCCCGAGGCCCGGUAAGGGCCCCCAGUGGCCGAAAAUAGUGAACAUACGCCCGUCGUCAUUUUUUCAUGACCCGAGGGGGUCUGGGACUUAGCCCCCCAUUCAUCAAUGCCCGACAGGCCGCCGCCCCCGAGUCUGACGGGCGGCUCGGUCUGGGACCCGAGGGGCGCGGGUGGGCUCCCCGGCGGCUGCCUGGCGGCGGACCUCGGUGCCACUUACCCGGCGCUGGGACCGGACGUGGGCCCGCAGAGCAAGAGGGACAAGAAGAUCGCCAGCCUCACGAGCCAGACGGACGCGAGGGAGGCCCGCGAGGGCCAGUCGCAGGCCUCGUGGGGCAGGGAGCCCUGCCGCCGGCCGGUGCCCACGGCCGCGUUCCGCCUGCAGGACUUGGCGCAGGCCAGCCGCAAGCCGAGGUCUGCGGCGCGCGCCCAGGACGAGGCCUCUGCGGGCGGCAUGGCCGGCGCGCCCGAUGAGGGCGCCCCCCUCCGGGACGAGCACAGGGCUCUCGAGGGUGAGCGCGACGACGGCGAGCGCUUGCGGUGCCGGGCCCCCGCCUGGGGCGCACCAGAGCGCCGCCAGGUGCGGCGCGACCAGGGCCUCGGCCACGGGAGGCUCGGCGACGAGGGGGACUGCAGGCGAGACCGCCGCGAGGACGCGCACUCCCUCGACGGCCGCGACGGGCGGCCUGAGCGCGGGGCCCCCACUGCCCCCCCGCAGCAGCGGCGCGCGCGGGAGGAAGCGAGGGACUCAUUCGGCGCACCCGGCGCAUGGCGCCUCGAGAAGCGCGACGACGGCAGCGUGCGGGACAGAGGCCCAGAGCCGCGCGGGCGUCGCGCCCGCAGGCCUGGGGCCCAGUCCGAGAGCGAGGCGAGCCGCUCCAGCAGGAGCGCCUCUGGCGACGAGGCGCCCGGCUUCCGCAUCGACCCACAGAAGCCGCUCAGGAUACUGCAGAAGCCGCCCCAGGGCCGGGCCCCUGCCGCGGAGCCCGAGGCCCAGGGGUGCGGGGCGAGGCCGCAGGAGGCCGCAGAGCCGGACAAGCUGGGCGGGGGCGCCAAGAGCAGGGGGCCGCGCGAUGCCGGUGGCGGCCCGGCAGCCGCCGACGCGGACCCGAAAGGCAGCGGCAGUGGCGACAGUAGAGGGCGCAGGAAGGGUUCCAAGGCCGACGCCCUCGAGCUGGGGGAGGAGGUGCCCCAGGCAGCAGGCCGCGCGGCGGCCCGCCAGCAGCACGGCAGGGGCCGCGGCCGCGGCCUGCGUGGCGCGGAGGGCGACAGCUCUGAGGCAGAGGCGAUGUGGACUGAGGCGUCGGACUCAGAGAAGGCUGACAAUGCCGGGGCCGAGGGGGCAGAGAGGGCCAGGCAGCUGCGCCAGGAGCGCAAGGACCAGCAGGACGGCGACGAGAAUGAGGAAGAGGGCGACGACCAUGCAGAGGGCCUGAGCGAGAUGAGGGACGGCGCCAGCGAGGACAGCGGUGCCAGCGAGGACGAGGACGAGGAGGACCCCGAGGCGAAAGGCUGGCCCGAGGACUCGGACGAGAAGGACCAGGAGGAGGCGCGGGCCCGCGGCGCAGCAGGCCAGCGGAGUCUCGGCCCAUUCUGCCCCGCCGCCAGGGGGUCUGCGGACCAGGCGGAGGACGGCAACGUGAGCAACGUCGUCGCCGCGGUCUCGAAGAGGCAGGAGACGGAAGCGCGCCAGGAGAGCCGCAGGGCGGCGCAGGUGGAGGCGCGGCUGGCCAUCCGGCGGGAGGCCCGCCAGCAGCGGAAGGCGGCGCGCCUCGGAGGCGGGGCUGCAGCCGCGGCGGCCGCCGAGAGUGCAGGCGAGGCGCGCGAGGGGCCCGAGUGCGGCGAGGACGGAGCUCCGCGCGAGGAGGACGGGCCCAAGGAGGGGCCCAGGCACGAGGCGAUCAGCCUCUUCGCCCUCAGGCACACCGCGAGGCAGACCCAGCGCAGGGCUGGCGCCGAGCUCGGACCGGGCGACGGCGCGGCCUCGGCGCAGGCGCCGGCCGAGGGCCCGCGCCCGGGGGAGCCCGAGGCCUCCGCCGGGGCCUCCGGGCGCGCGGCGCCCCCG